UUUCGAUAUCAGUAGUCAGUCGUACUUCUUGGGAAAAGCAACCAUGUGCAAAAUCUUCGUUCUUCUGGGCCUGGUGGCUGUAGCCGCCGCAGGUGUUCUACCGAACGAGCCGGUCCCGAUUGUCCAUCAAGAGCAGGACAUAAGCCCUGAUGGAAGUUUCCACACGAAAUAUGAGACUGGAAAUGGAAUCAGUUAUCAAGAACAAGGAGUUCUGAAGAACCCUGGACAGGAGAACGAAGCUUUGUCGGUUCAAGGCUCAUCCAGCUACAACGCCCCUGACGGUACCCCCAUCCAGUUGACCUUCGUCGCUGACGAAAACGGAUUCCAACCUCAGGGUGCUCAUUUGCCGGUAGCACCUCCAGCGCCGGAAAUUCCCGCAGCCAUCCUCCGGGCCCUUGAAUACAUUGCCGCUCAUCCGUACGUCGAACCCAGCAAGAAACGCGUCUAAUUUUUCAACCCCGAAUCCAACUUGACACUAUAUAAAUCAGUAAGAGAUUAGUCCAUAGAUCCAUCUUACAAGCAAAGUAACAUGUUUCAAACCCUCGAAUAAAGCAUUUUUUUCAACCUGCUA